UGCAAAUAGUGGGGUGGGUAGGGUGAUGGUCUGAGCAAUGUAUUACCAUUGUAUGAACUAUUACUAGAUCCAGAUAUAUGCAGGGGAAAGUCAGCUUAGAAUUGAAAAAGCUGCUUUGCAUAGCUAUUUUUGUUUAAUGGAUGUCAAAUCCCGAGUGAUAUUUACAAUGUGACUUAACAAAGGCCUUCAAGGGAUUUUCCAGUUCUCACUGUAAGGAUUUUUUCAGAUAAUAGUCCCAUACUUUCCUCCUUUUAUGUGUCCUACCUCAGGAGAGCCCCUAGCCCUCCCCACAGGGAGCUCUGGACAGAGUCCUGCCUGAGGUGUUGUGGUAAAUUCUGUGCUCACUUUUCCAUUGUCGUCUGUCGCCCCCCCUACCUUUGCCCCAGAGUCUUAUCUUGUCCUCUGGGGAGGUAUGUUAAGUGCUCUGCCAGCCUGCCUCUGUGCCUGGCCUGUUUUUUCUCACUGCCAGUACCUCUUGGAUUCCAAUUCCAAACAUGGUAUCCAUCUGGGGUCACCCUUUCUUCCGGUGCCAAGAGAGACGCAUUCCAAAUGGAACACAAGUGUGCCUCCCGUGCUGGGCUCUCCUCAUUCUGUUUGGGGACAACAGAGAGCAGGAUGUGGCCACUUUAUCCCUCACUGCUGAAGUUUUCAGGCCCAUAGUCCUAUCUUUUCCUCGCAGCAAUCUAGGUUUUCUGCUAAAAGCCAAAUGUGAAGCCUGUCCUAAGAAACCCGGAGCCAAGGAAGCUCGCCAAAGCUCUGCGGAGAGGGCCAGAGCCUUGCUGAGGGAGAGAGAGACGAAAAAACAGUUUUUAAAUUCUCCAUGAAGUGUGCUAUGUUCUGCCAUUCAUUCCCGAGGCUACUGGAAACAUUCCUUCCAGGAAAGGUGGAAUUGGUGAUGAGAAGCCGGAGGUGAGAAGACAUCUGGGAGGACAGAUUAAUCCAUUUUCUGAGUUUCCUAUGUGGGGGUAGUCUUAGAGCCCCGCAAGGCUUUGAGACGCCCUGAGAUGAGCGCCAACAGCAGCGCGGGGGGCCAGCUCCUCUGGCAGGGGCCGGUGUGCACCGGCUGGAGGCAGGACCUGGAAGGGGCUCUCUACCACCUGGCCAACUGCUUCCUGCUCCUGGGCUUCAUGGGGGGCAGCGGGGUGUACGGAUGCUUCUACCUCUUUGGCUUCCUGGGCACGGGCUACCUGUGCUGCAUGCUGUGGGGCUGGUUCCACGCCUGCGGCCUGGACGUCGUCCUCUGGAGCUUCCUGACGACAGCGGCCUGCGCGCUCCAGCUGGCACUCCUGGUGUACCGCCUGCGCGGGGACACCCUCCCUGAGGAGUUCCAUCUCCUCUACAAGACACUGUGCCUGCCCCUGCAGGUGCCCCUGCAGACCUACAAGGAGAUUGUCCACUGCUGCGAGGAGCGGGUCUUAACUCUGGCCACUGACCAGACCUAUGCUGUGGAGGGCGAGACCCCCAUCAACCGUCUGUCCCUGCUGCUCUCCGGCCGGGUUCGCGUGAGCCAGGAUGGGCAGUUUCUGCACUACAUCUUUCCUUACCAGUUCAUGGACUCUCCCGAGUGGGAAUCGCUGCAGCCCUCUGAGGAGGGGGUGUUCCAGGUCACUCUGACUGCCGAGACAGCGUGUAGCUAUAUUUCCUGGCCCCGGAAAAGUCUCCACCUUCUUCUGGCCAAAGAGCGAUACAUCUCCCGCCUCUUCUCGGCCCUGCUGGGCUAUGACAUCUCGGAGAAACUCUACGCUCUCAAUGACAAGCUCUUUGCUAAGUUUGGGCUGCGCUUCGACAUCCGUCUCCCCAGCCUCUACCACGUCCUGGGGCCGGCUGCCCCAGAUACAGGGACAGAGUCCGAGAAGGAUGAUGAGGAUGUCCGUGAGCCAGCCACGUCCUCUCCUCGGGCCACGCCCACAUCUGUCCAGCAAACGCCCCCUUGCUCUCCCUCUCCAGCUGCCACCAACCCUCCGGCACCUCCUUCCCGGGCCAGGAUGUCCAGGUCUGACAGCGGCGUCCUGGGUGAGGACUCCACCAGUCUGGUGCUGGAGGAUUUUGAGGAAGUGUCAGGAUCAGAAUCGUUCAUGGAUUAUAGGAGUGAUGGGGAGUACAUGAGGUGAGGGAAGAAUUAACAUGGGCACAGCCACCGGGCUCAGGAUCCUGUCUUCUAGAACUCCUCUCCAAAGCUACUCUCAAGUCAUGUCCAGGGGACAGGCCCCCUUGGCUCCAAUCCACACACCUGAACUUUAAGGAUCAAUGGGCCAUCCUUUUCUGGUCACAUUAAUCUUCACAGGAAGGUCACUUGUAUGCACACCCCUCUUCUCACCCACUGGAAGGCUCACAGGCACGGCCAGAGCAGACACAGAAGAUGCCAGCACUGCAGCCACACCGAGGGCCCUGAGUGACUUUUAGAAAUUCACCUUCACCAGCCUUCCUUCCAGGAGAGGGCAUCCAAAUGUGCAAAAGCACCGACUCCAUCCUUCACUAACUGCAGAAUCUUGGGCAAGUUCCACAGCCUCUCUGAGCCUCUCCUGUAAAGCGGGGACUAGAAAACCCACCUCACAGGGUUGUUGUGAGGAGUCAACGAGUUGAUUGAGGUAAAGCACUGGGUAGUGGGGCGGGUGGUGGUGGGGCACCUGGAAGCACUCAAUAAAUGACUCAUUUCCUCUCCUUGUGUUGUUUCUUUCAACUGAGAGGAUCAAUGAAGUCAGCUGGCCAAGAUGAUUUCA